GCCCCAGGCCGCCAUGGCGGGGAAGAAGUUCUCGUCCUACCACCUCGCUGCGGCCCUCCGCCGAGAGCCGGACCCCGCCGCCGCGCUGCGCCUCUUCCUCAACCCCCCGACCUCCACCAUCCCAUCCUCGGCGCCGUUCCGCUACUCCCUCCGCUGCUACGACCUCAUCAUCUCCAAGCUCGCCGCCGCGCGCCUCUUCCCGGCCAUGGAGUCCGUCCUCUCCCGCCUCGCCUCCUCCUCGGUUCCCCGUCCCCGCGAGCAGCUCCUCUGCCGCGUCAUCUCCGCAUACGGCCGCGCCCGCCUACCCGCCGCCGCGCGCCGCGCCUUCGCGCACCCGGCCUUCCCCGAGCCCCGCACCGCCCGGGCGCUCAACACCCUCCUCCACGCCCUGCUCGCCUGCCGCGCCCCCCUCAGCGACCUCCUCGCGGUCUGCCGCGACGCCAGGAUCCCGCCCGACGCGUGCACCUAUAACAUCCUCAUCCGAGCCGCCGCUGCCUCUGGCUCCCUCGAGCACGCGCGCCACCUGUUCGAUGAAAUGCUGCGCCGGGGCAUCGCGCCGACCGUCGUCACGUUUAGCACCGUCGUCGCCGCGCUGUGCGAUGCCGGCCAGCCGGAAGACGCGUUCGAGGUGAAGGAGGUGAUGAUCAGGCUGUACAAUGUGUCGCCAAAUGCUUUUGUGUAUGCGAGUCUGAUGAAGGGGCUCUGUGAGAAAGGAGAUGUGGAUGCUGCGGUGAGGCUCAAGGAAAAGAUGGCGGGGAAUGCAGAACUUGUGCUCGAUUCAGCUGUAUAUGCGACACUUGUACGAGCGUUGUUCCGGGUAGGGCGGAAGGGUGAGGUAGUUGGAAUGCUGGAGGAGAUGAAGGGGAGGGGGAUUGUGCCUAAUAGGGUGGUUUACAAUGCGAUGGUCGCAGGCUUCUGCGAGGAUGAGAGGGAUCCAAGUGCUGCAUUUGCGGUGCUUGACGACAUGCAGAAGAGUGGGUGCAAGGCAGAUGCGGUGACCUAUAAUACGCUGGUUGCGGGUCUGUGCAGGUUGGGGCAGUGGCGGGAUGCUGCUGAAUUGGUAGAGGAUAUGCCAAGGCGGGGGUGCCCUCCGGAUGUGGUGACCUACAGAAUGCUCUUUGAUGGGAUGUGUGCUGCUGGGGAGUUUCUUGAGGCAGAUCAGGUUUUGAAUGAGAUGGUUUUCAAGGGUUUUGCACCAAGCAAGGAUGGUGCAAGGGAGUUUGUUCAGGGGAUUGAGAGGGAAGGAGAUGCGGCAUUGCUGGAGGCAGUGUUGUGCAGACUAGCGAAGGUGAAUGCUUUGGAGUCGAGUGGAUGGGAGAAGGCUGUGAGUGGUGUGCUGAAUGGUCCCUCAAAGUUGAGGCUAGAGAAGCAGCUAGAUUCUUUACGAAUUGCUUGAGUAGACAUCACUGCGGAUUUGAUCAAUGCAGUGUUGUUGUGAAAAAUGACAAGCACGAAGUAGAGUGAGGAGCAAUCAAAGCUUGGAUCAGCAAGCACGUACUGUUGGCUGAUCGUACAGAGAACCAGGCAUUGGUAGAUCGAUCGAGAUCGAGGUUGAUGCCAUAUCGAGGCAGGCGUUUGCAUGUCGGUAUCGGCGAUCCAGCAGGAGAAACAAGUGUAUGUGGGCGCGUUGAGACGAUGGCGACCUGCCCUCCAAGCUCCAAGGCUGGAACUCGGGACGGUAUGCAUUACGCAUCGCUAUCGUAGGCUGUGGUCUUGUGGACACAAGGAGGUUUGGUCACGUGAUCUUUCACUUCGUGCUACAUCGGGGGCAGCGUGCCAGCACUAGUUGGGUGCCUCCAAGAUCACAAUCUAAAGACAGUACCUUACAUGAAACUCUUUAAAGAUUCCAAAUCAUUUUGAAAGUGACUUCAAAUCAUGUGGUUAUGGAAGAACCACAGGAGGAACGCGAUGACGAG